CACGCGCGUGUUGAUAGCCCUGAAAAGAGUGUUGAACUGUGCGUGUGAUCUUUAAACCGAAAGCUGAGCCUGAGCGAUGGCGUCGAAAGAUUCAACACCGCCUUAUCAAAGUGCUGCCAGAAUCUCUGAUUCUCAAUGUUUUCCUCAAUACUCUGCUUCCCUCAAAUGUUUGGAAGAAUUUAAUACGGAUAAGAGUAAAUGUCAAGAACAUUUUGAUGUUUACAAGGAGUGUAAGAAAAAGGAGAGGGAGGCACGAUUGGAACGUAAUAAAAGUCGGUCCUUAUUCUCGUGAAACCUUGGCAGAGUUCCGCUUAUUGUAUCAUAGGUAACCAAGUUAUAGAGUUUACCAGUAUCAGUGGUUCAUAUAUGGUAAUGUUAGCCAUUAAGGUUAUAAAGUUAUCUGAAGCUAUGACAAGAAGGUUUUGGAAUAAAGUUGUAAAUGGUACUCUACACUGUUGUGAAUUCUGCAUCAGUACUUAUUUUAGUUUCCAAUAAAUUAAUUGUUUACUUUAUAUUGUUCCACUGAAAACUUGUUGAGCUUUGGAUACUAAAAUUAUUACUAUGAUGUAUGGAAUCUCUCUUUUUACUGA